GCACCCGGGUGGGAGCUCGGCCGCCCGUCCUGGGGGGCUGGAGCCGUCUCCUCUGCUCGCCCAGGGAGGCUCUUGCCAGGAACUGGCCGGACAGCUUGGGCGAACAGAUCUCCCGAGGAUGAGAUCUCCAUAAUUCCCUGUGGAAAAGUCUUUUCACAGUCUGAUGCCCUGCGUGUGCUGGUUCUUCUGUGACCUUGACAGGUCUGGCGGUGACAGCUAAAACCCUGCUUUACUUUGUCAACACUGAGAUUCACUCCUACAUUAUAAAACAAGUCUGGGGGUUGUCACUAUCUUCCACGCCACUGCAUCUGAUCUCGUCUGACAAAGGGGCAUGAGAUGGUUGUAUUCAUCUCAUGAAUACCCUGUUAGAGGUUUUUCAGCAGACACAGUCUGGGCUGUUUGCUUCUAUUCAGCACACGUUGGGCUCCUAAGGGAGGACAGCACUACUUAGAAGAGCUUUUAAGAAACCAAAUUCACUAGGACACGGAUUCCUAUUGCAGUAGGUCAGCACGUCUCCAGCUGUACUCUGAUUUCCAGUAAUAGACCUAAUCUUCUAAAUCAAUAAGUGAUUGCAGCCAGAACACCUGCACCAUUACACCAGGGGAAGCACCAGAAUGAAAGACAUGGACAAUAUCAAAACUGUAAAGAAAGAAUGGGUGUGUAAAUCAGGAACCGAUGAUCAGAUUUUGAACGGUACAGAACAAAACUGUGACUACUUUGUAGAUAACCUUUUUGAAGAAGCUCAGAAGGUUGGUGCCAUGUGUGUGCCCCCAACUACAGUCAAGAACCAGGUUGAUGUAAUCAUUAAACUUUGGAAAAACGGGUUUACGGUAAAUGACGGCGAACUUCGGAGCUACGCUGAUGUUGCAAACCAGCAGUUCUUGGAGUCCAUUAAAAAGGGGGAACUGCCUUUUGAGCUGCAAAAAGUGUUUGAUAAGGAGGAGGUGGAAGUGAAAGUGGAAGAUAAAAAGGAUAAGGUGUAUUUGUCAUCGAAAAAGCCAGUGUUUCAUCCCUUUUCUGGACAUGGUUACAGAUUAGGAAGUGCUACUCCAAAGAUAAUCUCUAAAGUGAGAGACGAUCAUCCAGGACCUGAUGACAAAAGACACCUGCCUUUAGUACCCUUGAAUGAUUUGGAGCCUAUCACCAAUGUCCAGAUCUGGUUAGCUGAUGGGGAAAGGAUAAUUCAGAAAUUCAAUGUUUCUCACAGAAUCAGCCAUGUCAGAGACUUCAUAACAAAGUAUCAAGGGUCUGAGGGAAGUGUUCCCUUCACACUGACCACUUCCCUGCCUUUUCGAGAGCUGCAGGACGAGACACUCACGCUUGAAGAAGCAAAGUUGCAAAACGCCGUUGUUGUUCAGAGACUUCGGAAAACAACUGAACCUUUCAGACUCUUGGUGAUAAAAGCACCUGACAACGACUACAAAAGUGCUGCUACACCUAAUGGACAACUCAAGAAUGAGCAAAAAAAUGCUAUCAAUAGUACACGAUCAAAUUAGCUUUAUAACUGACCAAAAAUUAUCUGCAGGGUGAACUAGGCAAAACCAAAAAUGUAACCAGCAAUAUGUGGAUGCCCUCACAUCCUCAUGCACUGUGCUCUUAGAGAGCAGAAUGGGUGCUGUGCUGUCGUCUGCUAUAAUAGAGGUAUUUUCAGCUACAUUGGGUAGUCAGAGCCUGGCUGUCUAAUGUAGCAGAGCUAACUGUACAGCAGAUCAUCCUUAGAAUUUCCUUAGGUAAAAGCUUCUUAGUAUUUAAUAAGUGGGUCUAGGUGGAACAGUUCUCUGAGACUUAACUACUGAUAGCACCUUUUAAGGAAAAAUAGUAUUUAUUUUUGCACUUUGGACUAAAGUGAAACAUUUCACUUACAUCGUAGUGUAAACUGCUGCAGUUUGCAUUCUUCUCACAGUAACUCUUUGACAACCAGUACUGCAAGCAAGCUCACAUUUGAACUCUACCUUGAAAAUCUUCAGGAUAUAACUUUUGUCACAAGAUCUGCAGUGUAAUAAUGUUCUGUCAAGUUUCCGCAUGGUGGUAGGUGCGUGUGUGAGAAGAUACAAACGAGAUAGUUUGGUGCAUACUGCAUAUGAAGUGCCUCAAAGUAAGCUCUGAAGGAAUUGUUCUUAUCAAUGGUUGAAGUGGUUUCUGCUUCUUUUGCGCCGCUAUGGGUGUCUUGCAGAUCAGGUGAUGUUAAACUACCUAGCUCAUCAGCAUGGGGACCCACUUGUAGCUUUGUCACACAGAAACUUCAGCUGUUUUGGCUAUCACCAAGUAGGAGUAGUAGUUGAGAGGGACACAGUUGUUUUUGUACUGUUUGUCUGCCUCUGUCCUGAACUGCCCAGCUGAUGGAGACACUAAUUGCAUGUGGCCAGGUUUCAAAGCUGUUGAAAAUCCUUACUUGAAAACUGACAUUUUUCUCUCCACUUUGCCCCAUUUCCAUCCAAAUCUUUUAUUUCGCUGUUCAUGUACUUGAGGAAUAAAGUUUGUAGCCAACUAUUCCAUGUUUUGCUAAAAGAGAAAACAACGGAAAGACUUAAUAUUUUGUACCGUGUUUACUAAGCCUGUGGGUUUGUGAAUGGAACUAAAAUCUCCAGGUAAGACAUAUCCCAGGAUCUUCAGCAAGUCCUGGCUCCUCUGUGCUACCUCUGCCAAAGAAUGGUUGUUGGGGCUGUACUUCUUCUGUGUGGUUAAGUGAAAGUUGGGUUUGGGUUUUCCUGGUUUUGUUCUAAAUAGAAAAGUACUUAUUUGGGGCAACUUUUAUUCUAAAAAGUAGUGAGACUUCAGAGUAGAGAUGUACUCUCCUUCCUUCCCAGGGAUAUAUAUAAAACUGGUUUGCUUCAGCAUCUCUCAUGGUGUGUUUGAAAUGAAAGUCAACUGGGCAAAUAUCUAUUUAGUGUCCUCAGAAAAGAACUCUCUGGAAGCUAUGCCUUUAAAAAAUUGAAAAGACAAACCGUGUACAGACACAGCUCCAAUCCUCAGUAACCAGAGCUUCCUGAACAGGGAAUUUUAAUCAGUGCUUUUAAAUUUAUCUUAGUAUAAAACAUAGUAUUAGAAAAGCACAUGUGGUUGAUUGUGAGUUUGGCUGUUCUAUCUAAAAGGCUCAUGAAAUGUCAAAAGUAACAGUGUACUACUAUUCAUGCAUUUGCAGCACAAAAAUUGGAAGAAAUAAAUAGUGUAAGUUUGAAAUUGAAGGGGGGAGUGUAAAAUUCUGAAGUGGGUAAAUUUUGCUUGCUGUCCAUUGGAAGGAGCAGUAAGUUUUGUAUUUCAACGUUGAUUCAUGUCUGCUACCAGCAUUUUAAGAGAUUGGACAGUGAGGUGCUUGACUAAAACCAGCUGUCUGACUGCAGCUUUGGUGUACUUGAGAGUGCAUUUGCAGUUUGAAAGUGUUAUGAUCUUAAUUACAAAAUGAGAGAAAAUCUUUGGGAAGUCUGAAGUGAUGCCGGCUGCAUUAAUCCCAUGCUAGAUUAGAAACUGUCUUUAUUUAAAGGGAACAAACUGUAAUUAAAUAUCUUAUUUCCUAA